AAAGUUUGUAUUUUUAUUCGCUAGAUGUCUUCGUAUAGUGAAAUUUAAAAAGCCCCGGGCUACCCAUACCCCCGACAUCCAGUCCAACAACCACCGUUAGACCGUUAGUGAAAGAAGAAUUUUUCUCUGCGUCUUCUUUCCCCCAUUAGACAACAAAUGACCGAACCAUCUUCACCACACGGAUUCACUAGUGCGUGAUGAACGUCGAUCCCGCUUAGUGAAAUUGAUUCAUUUCUGUUUGGUGAACCGCCAACUUGUUGGUUGUGAGUGGUAAAAAAGCAUCAAGGCUUGUGGCAGACAAUGUGUGUUGUGACGGAAUGAAGUGACCCCGAAUGUUUUUUUUGCACACGGCUCAUCACAAUGCACGCUUCGAGACGGCAGAAGAAGGCCCGUGCCAGGCCUUUUUCACCUCCUGUGACUUCACAUCUGCAGGCAUCACCGGCCUACAAAGUGGCCAAGCUCACGAGGGGACAGCAGGGCUUUGGAUUCACAAUAUCUGGUCAAGCGCCAUGCAUUUUGAGUUGUGUUGUGCCCAACAGCUCAGCAGACAGGGCUGGGUUGCACGCAGGGGACUGCUUGCUGGCUGUCAACGGAUGUGAUGUGAGUAGGGCUCCUCACGAUGAAGUGGUUAGGCUUGUUGGUUCCUGCAUGGGGAUGCUGAGACUGCAUCUGGCUGAAUCAGGUAUCCCAGCUACAGCGAAGGGAUAUUCUUCUUCAGAUGAGGAAUCAGAUCCAAAGAUGAGGGUUUCAUCUAAAAUUAGGCUGCCCAGGACCAGACAUGCAAAUCGAAUGAAAAGAAAAGGAGCAACUCCUCCUACCCGAAACGAAAGAGCCGUCCGAGAUUUACAUAGCCGAAUGAUGCCCGUCCCGCCAAUGCCAAAUUACUCUUCCGGAACUAAAAAUCGGCGUCGUCGAAACUCAAGCGACAGUAGCCAAGAACAUAUAGGCAACCUCUUGUCUUCGCCAAAUCUUCAUUCUAGAAUGAACAAACCGAAUAAUGGAGUGGCCACAAACAGCACCGGUCAGCUAAUGUACCGUUCAGUUGUAGGCUACUUGGGGACGAUUGAAAUGCCGGAAGACUCUAGCAGUCAGUCGUCUCCCAGUAGCGGCGUGAGUGGAGGUGGUCUGAGCGCCUCCGGCAGCCAUUCCAACAGCAAUAACAGCGCGGCGGCUCGACUGGCGGCAAUCAGGAGCUGCGUGCGUCGGCUCCGAGUGGAAAAGAAGGUUCACACGUUGGUGCUGCUCCGCGUGUGGGGACCCCGACCAGGUGCUGGAGUGGUCGUCGGUGCCGCCGGAGGUGGAGCUAUAGCCUCUAAUAAUAAUAGCAGUUCUUCGUCGGGAAAGAUCACUCUGACCAGCCCGGCUGGAGCCAAUUUGGCACGGUUUCCUGCACGACGUGUCGUUUUUUGCGGAGCUUACGCCGACGACGCCCGUUUCUUUGGACUCGUUACAUCCGCCUCCCACGACUCGGACGACGACGACGAAGAAGACGAUCAAUCCACUUCAGAUCACGAAGAGAAAAUGCUCAACGCCCAUCGUAAGAACUCAGCCGCUGGCUUCACGUCGUGCCACGUUUUCAUGGUAGAUUCCCGCUUGGUGGCCCACGAAGGGCACGCGGCCCGAGCCCACGCGUUCCGCUUCCAAUGCACACCAGCCGCCGGAGGUGAUGGACGAUGUCUGGAGUUCCCUCCCACGGCCGAGCCGAUACUGCAGGCUGUACUUUCUUUGUGCGCUUCAUCUGGAUGCCAUGGAAAUAACGCUAUCGGAUUGAUGGGCUGGGCCAAUCCUUUGCUACAACAACAACAGCAGCAGCAACAACAACGUCUCCAACAACAGCAACAACAACAUAAUUUGAGCAGCCACAGCAGCAGCAGUAGCAGCAAUAGCGAUUCGGGCAUCUUCCGGGACCGAGAUGAUGGGAAAAACAGCGACCGGGACGUCCAGCUGCAACUACGCCACCAGCAAGAUCAGCUGAUGAUGCAUUACCAACCCAUUUCACUUCCGCUCAAUGGCAAUUUGGACCGGCUAACAGUUCGAGCCAUGCCUGAUCCCCUAAUGGCAAUUAAAAGUCCCGGCGAAGUUGAACAUGCCGCUCGGUUAAGGAGUUCGAUGCAGCGUUACCUGAACCAGCAGCAGCAACAACAACAACAACAACCGCAGCCGGCCAUGCUGUUGCUGAACCGCAACACGGGGACGCACCAACACGUCAACCCUUCGCUGAGCGUUCGUGCCACGAUGACACUGGAGGAGAAACUCAGCCCCCAAGUCUUCAAAGGCCGACCCGGCGGCCUACCGCACCCCGCCAACAGACCUGCUCGAACGCCGUCGGAGCGCAGUCGUGCUCGUAGCCUGGACGACUUAAGUAAGAGCUGCCAGCAACAAGCACGUAUGCCCGGUGAUCCACCCCAUCAUCAGCACCCCCAUCAUCACCAUCCCCAACAGCUGGGAUCUGACAACGGUUUAGACAAGAUCGAUUGGGACGAUAGUACUCCCUUUGAUCCCGUAGUGGGCUGGCACAGCUUAGCCGGCCAGUCAGGAUCCCCACCGCGACAGAACCUGCUAGCCAAAAGACUGGAUUACGAAGACGAUGAUAGUGAAGAAGAAGAAGAGAGCGAGGUACAACACCCGGCUUCAGAUCAACGGUGCGGCCAAGAUGUAAGACCUGGGCCGACCGUAGCGGCCAAUGCUUCAACAGCUAGUAACAUCAACGAGCCCAUACUGACUGGCACGCUCGAGAAACCCAUUCAGACCGAUCAGCCUCCUCCUUCACAACCUCAACAACACGUUUGGACGCAAGGCUUCGAGAAACUCCUAGAGGACCCCCUGGGUCUACGGGCCUUCGCUGGUUUUCUAAAGAAGGAGUUUAGCCACGAAAAUAUUUAUUUUUGGGCCGCUUGCGAACGGUUCCAUCGACUUUUCCCAACGGAGGAUACAACAACAGCCUCGUAUGAAGCCCAAAAGAUUUUCGAACGUCACCUUGGCCCAGCAGCCUCUGAACCUGUUAAUGUAGACUCCCAGGCAAGACAAAAGGCAGAAGACAACCUUUGUCAACCUAGCCCGGAAUUAUUCGAUCAGGCUCAAAAACAAGUGUUCAAUUUGAUGAAAUACGAUUGUUAUCCACGGUUCCUACGCUCACCGAUCUAUCGCGAAUGUGUUCAAGCUCUACAACACAACGAGCAGCCGCCCAUAGCGGCAUUAACGCUCAAUGAUCCUGAUUUGAAUGUUGACUAUGAUUUCGGAGAUGGUGAUAGUGAUAGUACUCGCAAUUUGGCAUUGAAAAAGAGUGGCAGUGAUGCUGGUGAACGUCGACGUCGGUCCUUAUUACCUUGGCCCAAGAAAGACCGGUCUAAAUCCAAGGACCGUGGCGAAUCUGAUUACAGAAAGACGGCCAAGAAAAAAAAUCGACAAGGUAGUACCAGUAGUGGCCCUGAUAAGGAAAAGGAAAAUGCGACGGAUGAUGAAGACCAGCUGAUUAAAAGAGCAGCGUCUAAAGACUCGGUGGCAUCUGAAUUCAGUGACAGGGCGUUCCACAUUCAGAGUACUGCAAGCACAGUGCCUCUGGUCAAAGUUCUCCUUCCCGAUAUGUCCUCUGCAGUUAUUGCCGCCCGUCCUGGUCAAAGUGUCCAGCAACUUCUCAGCAAACUUCUGGAGCGUCGGGGUUUGCGCUUUAAUGCCUUCGAACUCUUUGACAGCCAUCAUUCUACACCGAUCGAGCUGGAAAGGGACGCGUCUGCAGUGGGUGGCAUGGAAAUCCGUCUGGAACCCCGAGUCGUCUUCCAUCUCCUACUGCUCCAGUCGGGCAAAUCGCUGAUGAUCCGUGGUCAGCCCAGGAGGCAGCUAGGCGAAGUGGUUAAGCCGAUUCUCUUAAAGUACGGACUCAAGAUUGAGCACUCGAUUAUCGUCAAAUCGGCUACGGGCGAUGUUGUCCAAACAAAGACAUUGUUAGCCUCAUUGGACGGUUGCCAUUUGAAGGUGAUGAACCGAGAUGAUGCCCCCGAAGAUGUCGGUGAAAUAGACCGCGAUGGUUCGGGCCAAGCUCAAGAGCAAGCCGAACAGUGUGAUGAACCAGAGGACCUUCCAGUGAAGAAUAGUGGGAGUUUGCUUGGUCGAAAAGGGUUGAAUCGAAGAAAUUCUCUUCAAGCCGAACGGAAUAGGACAGUUUCGGGAAAGAAACAGACUAUGGCACCAACGAAAAGUGAAGGAACGAUACAGAAUCCCAAUAUUUCGGCUGCCAAUAAACGACUUUCGCUGCACGAUCUACCAAAAUCCAGUUCAGCCACGCAUUUAAUGCCUCCACCUCGAGCUCCAUUUGGAUCGAGGAAGCCAAACACGCAACGAAACCCACUCACGCGUCUGGAAAAUGAAGCUCUCUAUGAGAGGUUGAAACGGGCGCAAAGAUGCAGACUUGAGGACCAAAGAGGGACGGAAAUUAACUAUGAACUGCCAGACUUUCUGAAAUUGCCUGGUCGGUGUUCCAAUGACGACUAUCCAGAAUCGCACGAACUCCCGCUUGACGGGAGAGCUUCUGAACCGAUUGGAUGCAGACCCAGAAGAGUAUACCAGGAAUCGUAUGAAUUUCCGCUUGAUGGUCGUGCAUCCGAACCUCUCUUUUCGAGGCGUGAGGUUGUCUCUGAGCCCCGCUCCAGUGGCUCCGGCAUGAGCGGCUCUUGCGCCUCACCGGAUUUUGCCGCCAUUGCUGCUCAAAUCUUGGACAAGAGUUUUUCUGCUGAUGGAUUAAUGCCCACCCAUGAAGAGGCGGAAAUGUAUUUCGGAUCUUCUGCGAGUGGUACCAUUGAUCUUAAGCCAAAUCAACCAUCGCAUGCCAAAAUCACUGUAGCAGCGGCUAAACAAAACGUGGCAAACGUCGCCGCACGUAUUGCGGCAAUCGAACAAAAAGACCGCGCUAAGCAAAACGCAAGUCAGCAGGUUGCCAAGUCGAAUUCCAAUUCAAACUGGGAUGACUUGCUUCUCGAUUUAGACGUGGACUGGCGCUGUUACCAGGGCCGCGAGACGGAUGAUCAAAAACAGCAACUGCAACAGCACAGCCGACCGAGGAACAACGUCCCCUCGUCGCAGCAGCAGCAGCAGCAGCCUCUUAGCAGUCGGCCGCCACUUCCCACGCCUCCUGCUCUCGAGCUGCUCGACUUGGACGACCCCCUGACCGCCGCCAGCCCAGCGCCGCCUCCACCUCUACCGCCUAAACCGGGCAAAACCAAGAUCAACGAACCGUUCAAAGCUCCCAUACCGAAACCCAUGCCACCUCCACGGCCUCCCAGUCGUAAUAUCAACACCUCUUCCAGAGUGAAUGUCAGUUUCGUUUAACAGUACCGAAAGGUUUUGACGUUAACGAAUUCUUCCCUUUUUUUUACAUUUAUUUUUUUUUGCGUUGGAAAAUGAUUAAGUGUGCCAUAUUAUUUCUUGAUUCGUUAAGCGUGUAUUGCGGCCCAUCGAGUGACGACUCCAUCCCAAGUGGGAAUUAGUUUACCCUGUAAAGCAUUUAGAAAUUAUAGAGCCUCCAACGAUUCGUCUUCUUCUGGACGUCCGACCAGCGUUAGCCAGAAGAGUUGAGGUCGAUCAUAGGCCGUCACCAACACUCCCCUGUCUAUGAAAGGAGCCGCCCCUGUGAUCAUGCAGUCCUUCAUUUCAAAGCUGUUCAUAUAGCGCAUAUCCCAGCUGGGAUCGUUGCUUUUCCCUAGAAUCCAGAGAUGUAAGAAACCGUCCUCUGCUGCCGAGAUGAAACCGCCUCUGACCGGAAGAAUCUGAGUUAUCCAGCGAAUGUGAGCUGCAACCUCGGAUAGGCAUUCCAUCGUUGGCAGCAAGUAGGCACGGAUGAAUCCCGUGUUGAAAGCUGCGAUCAAAACUGAAAAGAUACGAAAUUUUAACAAUGGUCAAUAUUGUUCCAAGCCAAAUUGAAAAAAAAAAAAAAACUUUCCUUUCCCAUUCCUCUUUUUUUUUACGAUAAAAUUUUUUUUAUUCUGUUCGUUGAUUUUAUGUGUACCAUUUUCACCGUACUAACCCGUGACUAUCGGCCAUUAGUUACCGUGCUCUCCUCUGGCUUCGAGGAUUAACAUGCUGGUGCAGCAGUUUGACGAUUUCUCCUGAAUACGUUGAGAGUGUGACCAACAGCCAGGUUCACCUUGAAAGAGGACGAUACCUCCUUGUUCGUCUCCUGCCACCAGGUAUUCUGUGGAAACACAAAUGACCGUGGUUGGGAAUUUACCGAGUUGGGUUUGAGAUGGCAUGUCUUGACUGCCUAUUUCCCAAAGACCUUCGUUGCUCCCUGUAGUAAGAAACAAAUACGGUUUGGGUUGUUUGUAAAAUUCGUCGUCGUUCACCUGAAUUGUCCCUCUUACCUGUGUAUAUAUACCCUUUGAUCGAGGCCAGUGAGGUGAUCCAUCCCUCCUCAUCGAGCGUCCUGUUUAUAUCCGCUUUCCACGUUUUAGUCGAGCAGUCGAAGAUAACUCGCAGUAGAUGAUUGGUGUGAGCGAUUGCGAGUGUUGGCUCCUCGUCGCACCACAAUACCUGCCAAAGAAAAGUAUUCGAUUGUACACGACCGUCUUUUGUCUCAACUAUGACUUCUUCAAUGUUUGUUUUUCAAACUUUCGAACUUGUAUAUCAUCGGGUUUAUCAACUAUCAGUUCGUUAAUGUCCAACACGUGUUGUUUUUGGACGUUUCCCCUCUUGUCCAAAACCAUCAACUCGACGGCGUCAAGGUGUACUACUGCAACAUGACUGCCGGUGCUCUCUUUCCUGUGCGUAUGUGUAAAUUUUCCAAACAAUCGUCAGUCGAUGGAUACAUUACAACAAAUAUUCAGUUGUGUACUUUAA